CCGGCUUUGUAAUUCUAUUUUUGAAUAAAGUUCCCAUAUCUUCCAAUUGCUCCCCUCUUUGCUCUUGAAAUGCUUCUUGUCCCCUCGUGUCGCGUGUAAAUCGCUGUCCAGCUUCUCACCAUUAACACACCAGCCCAUAUACAGUCCACCAUUACUUCAUCUGCUAUUGUUCAAACGCCCCCAUUUUAUUUUACUCCAUCAUAUAAACAAGAAGCAUUUCUACCGUUCAUGAUUCUCUGUUGGUAGUGAGCUGCUUUGUCGCUUGAGCUCGUUGUCGCCAUGCCCCAACACAAACGCAACUACUUCCCCUUGGAGGAACCGAGGAGAUCCAUUUCUCCCCCUUCAGAUCGCAUCACUGACUUCGGUUCAGUUUCAUCAAACUCUACCUCAACUCGAGCAUCUGGCAAGGUGGCAGCACUGGGUGCUAUCUCAACCAUAUCGGAGGAGAUGGCGGAUGUCUCCGAUGCUUUGGGCAUAACACCAACGCGGGAGCGGCCAUCCUCGGGUUUUAUCAACAGAGUUCCCGUUGGGUCCAAAAGGGAGCCUGCAGGUUAUGCUGGUCGACACUUUAGAGCAUUCUCCCCUCCCUCAGAGCCGGUGAUGCAGGAGGUCGUCAUGCAGGAUUCGGCGCCGACGCCUCGCAGUGACGCUGUCCUUUCGCCAAACGAAACCUUGAUUGGACAAAGUUCUCCCCGCCGAUUUUCUAAACUACCACUGAAUUUUGCACUAUCACCAUUUUCACGAGCAAAUGGCAUCUUCAGAAACCCGUUUACCAAGCGGCAAGAGGCGGUAGAUCAAACAGACGAUAUUGAAAUAAACACGUCCUUUGCAUCCACGGAAGUGGCUGACGAAACACAUGACGAUGAGGCCUUGCACAAUGGCUUUGGCCAACCGCCAGUCCACUGUUCAUCAAGAGAAGACGUUUACCAGCAUCGUCGCCGCCGCCUCCCCAUGACCAUAUUCCUCCUUUCCAUUUAUUCUACAGUUAUGAGUGCACUCUGGCUACUUGUUGCCAUUAUCCAGCCUCGUUGGGGCCAUAAAAUCUCUUCGAAGGCUGGCUUGCAACCGUCGACUGCGACCCUCAUUACGGCCCUCAUCGCCAAGACCAUCGAAAUCUCCUUUGUCACUGUUUUUGUGUCCUUCUUGGGCCAGGUUCUGAGUCGUCGCUCUCUGAUCCGCAACUCAAAAGGUACCACAUUGGCAGAGAUUACCAUGCGCAACUGGGUCAUCCAGCCUGGCUCGAUUUUCAUUCAUCUUGAAGCAGUAACAAAAGCGGCCGGCUCAAAACUAGGAACCAUCUGUGUCUUGGCUACAUUGGGUGCUCUCUUUUACACAUCUGCAUCUGACGCCUUGAUUUCGCCAAAACUCAAGUUCGGGGCAGCAAAGUCUCAAGAGUUGUCGGGAUACGUGACGGCAUCGUAUGCCAAUGUCCAAUAUGUCAGAAAAAUGUGCCCAUCCCUGCUCAAAGACAGUGAUUAUGCAGCCGCCGAAUCUUGUGUAAACGCAGUUUUCUCUGGUCAAUCAUAUCGCAACCUUAUUGACUUCAUGGGGGUUUGGGACGUGAUUAACACCAAUGGCACAAGCGAUAAGAAGAAUCUAAAGGAUCGCCCAUCGGGUACGGCUCAAUUAUACGGAAACACAACAGUUCGCGCAUCUUGGAUCGAAAUAGAGCAUUCCAACGUGACGGCUAAGGCAGAGCAAACUGGUCAUCUCGUCAACAACGUCACCAUGGCGCUACCUCACCCUGGUGUUGUCGAGGCUGCUCUGAAUCCUGUCAACAGUAUCUUACAGCCAGAAGAGCUCUCUGGAGUGGGAGAAUAUAAUAUCAAAGCUGGAGUCGUCUCGCCAGCAGUAAAUGUUCUCUGUGUCGACAUGUCGAUAAAAGACCUUGCCCCUCUAGUAUAUACCUCGUGGCCAAAUGCCAAUACCACCAGUACGGGAGUCGGAAGUCAAAAGAUUGGGUGGCCCGGAUGGGAGGGGGAAGUUCCAGCCGCAGUCAAUAAGACUGGUGGAAAGGAGCUACUCAAUCGCACUUCAGUGGACGACAUCUUUCGCUGGGGCCCGAGCUACGGUCGUCGCCCACCAGUUUUCCAACUUCUACCAGCUGAUUUCAACAUCAUUACCAACGUUUCGAUAUUUCCAGGCAUUGAUUCGGUAUACUUACUUUCCAAAGGCGGGCCGUUACAAGCCAAUUACACCCUCUGCGAGGUUCGUUCUUGGCUUUCACCCAACUGCUCUACACAUUAUUCAGUCUCGGGAACCGAGGGUAGUAAGCUCGAGGCGAAGUGUGAAGAUCCAGAAGAUGCUGACAACUACUUGAAAUCGUUUGGCAAUGAGAAGCCGACUUGGCCUGCCCCAAAUAACGAUUGGAAGGAUCUUGCAAAGCAGUGGAUCUUGUCAGCGGACGUGAACGGAGGAACGGCGAAUGCAAACGCCUCAAACGCUCGGAUCUUAAGCCAGCUUGCUCUUAGCGGGCCAUCGCUUCCGUCGUAUCUUCCCUCCAUCGCCGAGGGAUUAGCUGUGUUUGCUGGUUCGGCAGUACUUCAGGGCACCAUCGGCUCCCCAUUUGUUCACUAUUGGGGUUUUGACAAGCCAGGUAAUAUUCUUGGAGAACCUGGUGUUCUACAGAAGUUUAAUGCGACUGUUUCGACACAAGAAUACACCAGUGGGUAUACGGAAAACUGGAAAGGUAUCUUCUUUCCCAUUCUGAUUAUCGUCCUGGUAUUGAACAUCAUGUGCUUGUUCUACUUUUUACUCAAGCAUGGCCUUGUUACCGACUUUACGGAUCCUCUUAAUCUCUUUGCGUUGGCAUUGAACAGUCCUCCAAGCGAUAAAAUUCAAGGAAGCUGCGGAGCAGGGCCUCGUCACCACGAUCUGGUUGUGCCGUGGAGAGUUGCUUAUGCCCCAAGCGUAAACCAUUAUUUCUUCCGUGAAGCAGGAGGUACUUCGUGGGUAAAUCGAUGGGAAAAGUUCAGGGACGAGAGAGAAGCAUCCUUCGGAGUGAAAAGCGUGGACGAAAACUACAGAAGACUCAGUACUGCUAAGGGAUGGUUUUAAAUGCAGUUGUUACAGUCUGGUAGAUAUUUUUAUAGCGAUUCCUCUUUGUUAGCGUUGAAUAUACCCAUUUUGUUUUAUACCCAACGCUCGGCGAUUAAAGAAGCUGUUGACACGCCGCCAGAGCCUUCUAUAUUCGGCCCGAGCAUGGAAAUAGACCAACGGCCCGAAAGACGGGUAAGGGUUGUUUAUUAGCUGGCAGCCACGUCAAACCCAACGUCAAUGCGUCUUUUCCACGUAA